AUGCUUACAAACAACACCGGUCCCGAUGGUAAUAGAUAACGGCUAUUUUCAAUGGAGGGCCGGUUGAACAUGCAAAGGGGACGAACUAGGCGCACCGCGGCUUCUGUUCAAAUCCGUGGCGGCGAGAUCAGAGCGCAGUGAAACCCAAAUCGGCAAUGACAUCUCGAGCCUUUGCGAUGGCUCCUGAAAAGCCAGUUCGACCGAAAUGUGGUUGUAAACUUCGAGAUGCAGGAGCUGAUGUUCGAUUCAGCCACCUCUGAGUUAGCGCUGAUGUGAGGUGUUCAAGUUGUUUUCCACAUUUUCUUUGUUGCUUGUCCUGUUGGCUGUUCUGCCUUCUCACUCUUGAAUACAACUUACGCGGACAAAGGUAACGUUAGCUAACUAGAUAGCUGCUCCUUCUGAUGUGGUUUCUCUCCUUUCUCUCCACAGAGGCGCCCUGCAACCCGCUGCACAGUCGCCAGAUGAUGUCAGUGCUGCUCUUUGAGUGCUACAGAGUCCCUCAUGUAUCCUAUGGGGUGGAUAGCCUGUACAGCUUCUACUACAACAACACUCUCUGCAACGUCACCCCCCCACACACCAGCAUUGUCCUGUCCUCCGGCUAA